AUUAUGAGUUGGACAAUUAGUUAAUUUGAUACAAUACCAAAGCAAGAAUAAUCGAAAAAUAACUAUACCACCGCAUACUAAUAAGUAAGACAUAACAGAUAACCAAAUUCUUGAAUCUUAAAACAAAUUUCAACUCGAACAUUUAGUGAAUAUCAAAGUAACUAAUAUCCCGUCCGUAGGGCGGGCCGACCCUAGCAUGUUAAUAAUGACAUGUUAUUAUAACAUGCUUCUUGUCUUUUACUAGAGGGAAAUUCAAAAUUUGGCCGUUUAUUUGACUGGCGUAUAAUGUUUAAAUAUCUAUUAACGUACAAAUAUGAUUUUUAGUUGAUUCAAUAUCACUGGUUUGGUUUUCCGAACCGGUGGGUAUUUUAUCAUAGUUUAGUCAUUGUUGUCAUAAAAAAAAAAAAUCUACAUGAAAAGCACAAUCAAUUUUCUCAUAAGAUGAUUUAUGUAGGUAAGUGGAAGUAACAUGGAAGUGGUAUUGUACGUUAAAAAAACAUUCUCGGGGUAAUCAAAUAUUUUUCUUUCACUACGACGGUGUUCGAGCUCAGGUUAUAUUUCUCCACAAUAAAUUUUUAAGAUAUGGUAUAUUUCUACCAGAUUGCUACAAGAUAAAUCAUACAAGAUGUUAAUUAACCGGAUAACUUCAGUGGGACAUUGAGCGGCUCCGGAUAAUCAAGACAUGGAAGAGAUGAUGAUAAGAAGAAGUAAGGUGUCUACAUAGAUCCUGAGAUCAUAGUGAGACUGAUAGCUGUCUCAAAGAACCGUUAUUCCUAAGAAAGGCUCAUCGACACCGGAAAACCAUUACAGCAAAGGCACAAAAAGAAAAUCCUGAUUCUGAUGUCUGAUGUGUAAAAUCCCGAUUGGCCUCUGACGUCCCUAGCAGAGAGCGACAACUAUCCUCCAAAGAGCCACAUGACAGCCGCAAAGAAAAGAAAGUUUGUGUCUCCAACGGAAUAUGAUUUUCUGUCAAUUAAACUUAGAGUCCGAUGGACAAAAAAAGAAAAGAGGGAGGGAGCAUCUUCACGGACCGACGUCAGACGCCGAAGACCGGAUAAGCUCCUCUCAGAUUGAGAAUUUGGAAAAAAAAAUUGAGAAAAAAUGUGCAUGAGUUUACUCGCCACUCAAACACCCUUGAAAUUAUAAAAAGAGAGUUUGAUGUGCAUGUCAGAAAAGAAACACAUCAUCUGGAGAUAAUCGAUUAAUUUCUUUUAUGCUGUAAAUAUUGUAUUUUGGAUAAAUUAGAGUCUAAUCUUAUAUGAUAUAAGUUUUAGUGAGACACUCUAGAAAAUAUCUGUAUAUCUCUACUAACCAUGGCUAUUUGCAUAAAUAUGUAAAAUAUAUAUGUGAAGUUAAAGGCAAUGUAAAAAGGAUUCUCUUUCUAAUAAACACAAAUGUAAACGCAGUACAUAUCGUACGGAAAUUCAUAUUCACGCUAAAAUAUUGGUAAACAAAACAAGUUGCUUCGGUCUAGUGGUAAAGGAGCUCCAGCUGAAGUAUCCGCCUCUGGGUUCGAGUCUUGGCCACAGCGAAAUUUACAUAUGGGCUGCAGCAUCCGAGACCAAAGACCGUUAUAUGGUGAGCCACCUGAUGACUUUCGGAUCCAUGCUCACUUUAGUCUCUAGUCUGGACCACCACGGUAGAAUCAGGAUACUCUGUUAGCAAAAAAAAUAUCUUGGUAAACAAAAAGGUAACUGGUUGGACUAUAAAACUUUUCUUAAUCUUUAAUUUCUCUCUGGUCCGCCUCGUAAUUGUAAAGGAUCAUAUUCAAAAUAUUAAAAUAGACCCUUGUUUUAUAUGUAAACUAGAUGACUUCCUACGACAACGCGGAAUAAUAUCAUCUAAACAUUACUUGUAUUAAGUAAAUUUUGUAUAUAUUUGAAAUUUAUAACAAUUUUGAUAAAUUAAAUUUGUUAAUAAAAAAUUGAUAGAGAGACUUUUAUUAGUUAACAAUGAAAGAAUAAAUUUAAAUUUAUUACAUUAUAUUAAUCAUUUUAACAAAUGAAUUUCCGACGAAAUCCGAUUAACAUAUUUCUGACAAAAUUUUGACAGACAGAAUUCUGACGAACUUGAACUUGAAAUCCCUAUUGAAAUCCCAAAAUUAUAAUAUUCUGUCGAAAUUUUAUCGGAUAUUUCCGACGAACAUGAAAUUAUAUGUUUCGUCGGAAUUUCGUCAAAGAAAACCGACGAAAAUAUUAUCCGUCAGAAUGUAGUGUGUUUUCUUGUAGCGUAAUCCUUUUGUUGAGCCCAAGAAAAUACUUCUUUUUUGUCAACAACCCAAAAAAACUAUUAAAAAUAUAGUUGUCUUAAUCAGAAUCAAGAAUCAAGAUUGAAAAUUCCAUAUCUAUAUUCAAAUCUACGCGCUUGAAUUGAAUUCAGAAUUUUAUCAGGUUCUUACCUUGCUAUUUGAAUCAAACAAAAACCAAAAUAAGUAAACUUAAACCAGACUCAAAUUUAUAAAUAAUCAGACGGUUCAUAUAUUUUUUGAACUAAAAACCAAAAACCACAACCAAAUCGAAAACAAAAAGUACAAUCUAGAAGCGAACCAAAAACCAAAUGCACAUGCCUAAAUAUAUUAGCUAACAAAUCGACAUGUUGAUAAAUUUGUCAACAAAAAAUAAUCCCGUGCUUUGAAAGCGCGGAUUCUAUCCUAAUAUUAUUUAUAAAUCUCAAUCCAGAAAAAAAUUAGUUGUAAAUCCUUAUUUACUAAAGUAAAUUUUUGCGUUUAGAUUUUACAACUAUAUCGAAUAAAGUAUAGAAAUUUUUUUUAUAGAUUAAAUUUUACACCACAAAGUUUAAAGCUAUAUUUCACUCAAUCAUCUUAAAAUUUUCAUUUAAUCGAUUUUUUCUUUUAUUGCAUUGAACCGAACCGACUCUGAUUUUCUAUUCUGGUCCUGAUUACUCGUCAGACACACGGGAGAAAAUAAAACACGUUUUAGAAAAAGCAACAAAACGGAAUUUUCCCAAAAAAAAAACCUAAAACCCUAACUAACAUAUUUAAACACCCCUCGGCUCAACAAUCACAUCCAUUCUCUGUCUUGGUCACAAUCUUGUCUGCUUUCUCGCAUCUCCAAAACCAAAAGUGCUCUCUCCCUUCCACGAUUUCGAUCUUAAUCUUACCGUGGAACCGUUUGUGAAUGGUGGAAACGAAUCCGAUCGGUGAUAAGUUUACUUUCUCCCUUCACCUCCAAAGAGCAAGCUUCCUCCUCCCCCUCUCUUCUUCCUGUGCUUUCUCUUUUGGUUCCUGCAAAGAAGGCUGGUACUUUCGCUGCCUCGGCCUCGAUCCGUGAAUCUCAAUCUCAUCAACAAACCCUAGUUUCAUCUCGUAAAUUUAGGGUUUUAUUUCUGUUGAAAUUUUUUCGAAGAUGUUGCUCUACAACAAGCAGAAGAAGAACGCUAAGGGAAACAGAAUCCUUAUAAGCGUUACCGUUCUCGGUAGCGCCGGUCCGAUCCGGUUCCUUGCGUACGAAGAAGAUCUCGUAGCUUCGGUUAUCGACACUGCUCUCAAGUGCUACGCCCGUGAAGGUCGUCUUCCUCUUCUCGGAUCCGACUUCAAUGAUUUCAUUCUCUAUUGUCCCAUGGUUGGACCUGAAUCUAUAAGCGCGUGGAAAGGGAUUGGAUCGCUUGGUGCAAGGAACUUCACUCUGUGUAGGAAGCCAGAGGAGAAGAAUAAGGUGGUUAAGGAAGGUGAUGGAGCUAGAAAAGGAAGCUUCAAAGCUUGGAUCAACAAGUCCUUCAGUCUCAGAGUCUCCACCCAUUAAAGAUUCUACCAACUUUUAUUUUCUUAUGAUUUGAUUCCAGAAGCUUCUGUUGACAAUAUUGGCUUUGUCGGAAAUAAAAGUUUCAGUUUUUUU